CAAGUGCAGAGAAAAGAAGAAAACAUCAGCUGGACAAAGACAAAGCCAUGCGGCCGCGUUCCAGACUGCUGUCCAAGAGACGACUCCUGCUGCCCACCAUCAGAGAGGGCUCAGAGGAGGCUGUGAGGGAUUUGAAUGAAGCCAACUCGCUCAUCAUCUCCAGCCAGUGCCAGGCUGUCUCCUCAGAGGACUACCUCCUCUCCAUCUGCCACCUGGCUCACCCUACCUUCCCCAACAGGGAUGUCUCCCCCCAAAACCGCCACUCGCAGCAGCUGGACGCCAUACACCAGAGGCUGCGGGUGUCACGGACCACAGAGACAACAUCUAGUACAUUUCAGUCAAAGUCUAAAGCGGAGGCACAUGAAAUCUGGGUGGAGCGAAAUGAAGGAAAUGAACAAAAAGGUGGGCUGAUGUUUGGAAAAUCUGACCCUUUAGAAUAUCUUUACGGACACCAGAACAACUUCACAGGAGGUGUUAGGAGAGCUUUUGCAGAGGAAGGGUUUGCAAGGCAUCAUGGGAGUGCAUGGGAGGGCCGGGCUCGCUCCAGAGCUCACAGCAUCCCCCGUUCAUCGAGUCCAGAUGUCCCCCGCCAGCGCAAGAGCAGCUGCCCAGAGUUACACACCAGCACCAACACUCUUAUUCCAAACAUCUCCCCGAAACACACACGAUCGUCCAGGAGAGGGGGGGCAGCAGACAGAGGUGCGGAGGGUAACAGACAGACCCCCAUCAUCAAACAGUCGCUGCUCUCACAGUGGAUCUCGGACUGCAGGAUGGCGUGGAGGGAGGCUCGUGCUCGAGCCUGCAUGCUGCCUGCCAUUGCUGAGAUUUAGGUGGCAAAUGGACACACACGGAACAGAAAUCAUUCCCUGUUAUAGUAUGCUCAUCUCUGUCUGUCAGUGCAUGAGCCACUGACAUUAGAGGACAUUUAGAUGUGUAUUAAUGAGAUUUAUAUGAAGGGAUAAAAUACACACUAAAAACAUGAAGAGGUGAAUCAUUACUGUACUUAUUUGUAAUAUUAAAUCAGUGUCAUUGUGUACUAUACUGACCCACCUAUGUUUCAUGAAUAGAGAUGAUCGUACAUGUAAUAAACAAAUCUGCAAAAUCUUUUUUU